GUGGAUGGAGCUAGUGGGAAGUGAUGGAUCUGCAGGGUCAGUGGGGGUGCCCCCCCCAGCCUGCCCUCUUCUCACUGAGAGUCUCCCCUACACCCCUUUGGAGACUCCCCCUUCAAAGCCCCUCUCACUUGGAGCCCCCUCCCCAGGAGCAGGACUGGGACAACCCCAACUUCUCUAUCCUGUGUCUAGCCUAAAGAAUGUGUCUGCACAUGGUGAGCUGCUGCAGGUCGCACCCAGCUGGGAGUGGUUGGGGACCGAGGAGUCUGGGCCCAGGGAGGCUAGUUCCAAUCCCGCUUGCCUCCCUACCAGGGGUCUCGGUGCCUCUAUCGUCGACCUUUCCCUUGACCUCGCUGCUGCCGGGCGCCUCCAGCCUCUUGCGCUACUACCGCUACUCUGGGUCGCUGACCAUGCCAGGCUGCGAGCCCGCGGUGCUCUGGACUGUCUUUGAGGAUGCGGUACCCAUUGGGCGCGCGCAGGUGGCCCAGUUCCAGAUCGUGCCCCAGAGUGGGCCCCCGGGCACGCGCCCCAUGCCACUCACGGAGAACUUCCGCCAGCAGCAGCCUCUCCCGGGGCGCAGGGUCUGGGCCUCUCCCAGCGCCUCCAUGCGAGCCACAGCCCCGCCCCCCUCCUGCCUCGGGGUGGCGGGGGAGCCCGCUCUGGGGGCUCUGCUGGGCCUGGGGCUCAGCCUGUUGCUCGGGCAGGGCCCCUAGGAUCCAGAC